CUUGAUCACAUAUUGUCUCCCCCACCUAUGCCUUUUCGAAAAUCCAGCAGUCCUGAAGUCUCUUCUGGCCCUGGAAAGCCUUCUAAAUUUAAGAGGCAGCUGAGUGAAGAUGGGAGACAGCUCAGAAGAGGAAGCCUUGGAGAAGCUCUGACUGGCAAGUACCUGCUUCCCAAUGCAACUGGACAGCAGCUGUGGCAAUCUGCAGAAACCUCUAAUCUUGUUCGCAUGCGCUACCAAGCACUUGGGCAGUCAGCACCUUCACUUACUGCUAGUUUGGACUCUGUCAUCAGGAGAAUAUGGGUGUAUGAAGCAUGA